GGGCUCAUCUCGGCCGAGCAAUCUGCCGAGACGACCGCACACCAUGCAGUCGCAGACGCGGAAUCUAGGUGACACAGGAACCUCCCUGUCCAGGUCUUCCAACAUGGGAUCGACCCUGGGGCGCUCCUCUGAGGGGCCCGCGUCGCCGUUGAGAUCGGCCGCCACGAAACGAUUCUCUAAGGAGUUGCUCCUGGGCACCGAAAGGGUGACGUUGGUGGCGAUGAGAGGCCGGCGCUGGUGGUUUGUUCAAGAGCAGGAUGACGCAACUGUUGACCAUGGACGGUUCUGCGAUGGCAAAGCAGCUGAAAAAGACGAAAAGCUUGCUUCCAAAGCUUCCAAUGCCAAGAGCUUGGAAGCUCGCAGCAUGGCCAUUGAUGCAAAAUGCUCACCUGAGGUGCGCCGCGCCUUUCGUGCUCUGCCAGUGGAGCGCUGUGGCUGCGCCACCAUUCAGGCUGUUUGGUCCGCCUGCGACACUUUUUGGGAGUUUGACACCGCCCAUAGCGGAGCUAUCACCAGAGAGGGGUACAUCAACCUGAUGCGAGAGUGUGCCACAGUCAAUACGUUGCGCAUGCUUCGCAGGGCCAGGUUGGAGUUCCGCUUCCGGCGUAGUGCUGCCCCGGUGUUGCUGGAGGACUUCCUGCUGAUGAUCUGGCCCAAGGCGACCAGCGAGGACCGCGCGCGCAUGAUGCGCUGGGCCGAGCUCCGAGAGGCGCCAUGGACGUGCAAAGCAUGGCGGAAGUUGAAAGGAAUCAGGACAUCCAAGCACCAAAUUUUGGGUUACAUGGACACACACACACACACAUAA